UAAUAAACGCCGACGUGAAUCCUGGGGUGCUCGGGUCGGAUGCAACGUCAAAUUCGGCCCUAGACUACCUAGGUAUCUUCAGGGUAUCUUCCCCUCAUAAAAACAUUUAAGGAAGUAGAAGGAGUCGAGAAAGAGGAGUAAUGGAACUUUGACCACAUAAAUCAAUAAAAAUCUUCAUCAUGGAGCAUUACCUUACACGCUUCGCUCUUGUUGUCGCAACUUGCAACUUGUUAGUUGCACCUGCUUCAGGCAAAACCUGUACCGUGAAAUCUAGUGGGAUCAAUACGACCGACGAUGCCCCAGCAAUACUUGAUGCGUUCAAAGAAUGUGGGAAAAAUGGAAGAGUGGUAUUUGAACCUACCACUUACUAUAUUUCAUCUGUCUUGAACAUUACCUGGCUUGAGAAUGUGACGGUUGACAUAUAUGGGACGCUAUUGUGGAGUACCGACAUCCAGUACUGGCUGAACCACUCCUUGGAUGUAGGAUAUCAGAAUCAAUCAACUGCAUUUAUCUUAGGCGGGGAUCGAGUACAGUUGGAUGGACAUAACGAAGGAACUUUCGAUGGUAAUGGCGACUAUUGGUACGAAUGGAUUGCACAGCAAGAGAACACAUCCAAUUAUCCCGGUAGACCACACGCAAUUACUUUUAAUGGGCUUCGAAACUCUGUGGUGAAGGGUCUUCGUUUCUUACGGAGUCAAAUGUGGACAAUGUCUAUCAUUUAUUCGGAUCACGUCGUCCUUGACAGUAUCUUCGUUAAUAAUACCGGGAAUCGAUCGCAAAGCUCAAAUACUGACGGGGCGGACACAAUACGAUCAUCUUAUAUCAUAUUUAACAACUGGACAGUUUAUAAUGGUGAUGACAGUAUUUCACUCAAAGCGGAUAGUUACAAUGUUAGCGUCACGAACUCGUAUUUCUACAAUGGUAGUGGCAUUGCGUUAGGGAGUAUCGGGCAAUAUUAUGGCGUUGAGGAGCACAUUACGGGAUUUAGCGUUGAAAAUGUCACCUUUGACAAUACUCUCCACGCAGUAUACUUUAAAACUUGGACCGCCGACCAGAAUGGGUAUCCACCGAAUGGGGGAGGCGGGGGUUUAGGAGAUGCUUCAGAUAUGAAUUUCACCAAUGUUUUUGUCACAGGAAUUCGCGGCGCGGCAUUUUCCAUUUCCCAGUGUACCAGGUUCGACGGGGCUCCUGGGGAAGGUAACUGCACAAAUUCCCAGUUCCAAAUUCGAGAUGUUGCCGUAUAUAACCUGCUAGGGACGACGAAAUCGAAUAGGAUAGCCAGUUUGCAGUGCAGUGCUGUUGAGCCCUGUACUGAUAUUGGGCUUUUCGACGUCGAUUUGAAAUUCGACAAUGGCACUGCGGCGACGGACUAUCUAUGUGGGAAUGUCAAGUCACCACAAGGUUUCAACUGUACAGGAGAGCCGUGUGUUGGUGGCAGCGCCUCGGGGGAGUGUUGAAUUCAAAUCUGCAUCGAACACAAAGUAGUAGCAUGAGGGUAGUGUUGGAGUAUAUUAGCCAACCCAAUGCUCAGAUCAUUACCAU